AUGUGGAAACCAGUUGGUAGAAUGGACAUCAUUGACCUUGAACAUGGUCAUUUUUUGAUUAAAUUUGGGCUUAAAUCCGACCUUGAUGAGGUUUUGAAGGGCAAACCAUGGUUUGUUGGUCAACAAUUCCUAGCCAUUAGACAAUGGGAACCCGAAUUCAAGGCUUCUAAAGUGUUGUGUUCCUCAGUUGCAAUUUGGCUCAGAUCCGAUUUACCUAUAGAAUUUUAUGAACCCACCAUACUUAAAAAGAUUGGAAGCACCAUUGGACCUAUGCUUAGGAUUGACUCACAUACGAUCAAUGGAGAGAGGGGGAGUUUUGCCAAAAUUUGCAUCCAAAUUAACGUGGAGAAACCUCUAAUCAAAACCAUGAAGAUUGGCAAGAUGGCCCAAGUAGUGCUAUACGAAGGCAUUAACGAUAUAUGA